AAGGAGGAGGCUUCCAAGGCAGAGGCAUCAAAGAAAGACAUUGUUGCCGAUAAGCGAUCAAAGAGGUCGACAACGGACAAGGCUGAAGCUUCUAAGGGCCAAAAGGCGGAAAGGGGCCGAGGGCCAAAAGACCCUCCAGGAGUCUGGCCUAAUUAUGAAAAAGGUCACUACUCCUCGGGGCUCUGAGUUGAAUAUAUCUGAUGAUGCCGCAACGUUGGUGGAUGUCAUUAAUGUGGAAAAAAUGGCUCUGGGAGGCCUUCACGUGCAGCCCCUCACUGCUUCAAAUCAUCCGGCAAGAUGCCCAAUCCGAGGAGGCGUCUGGAGGGCCCCUAGGUGAAGGGCAUGUUGAUGAUGUUUCUUUCAAGGUCCCGGCCGGUGGGAGUGUGAUUGACGGAACUAUUCACGAGCACGAGCUUCUCAUACGCUCUCUGCCUCCAGCUGACCGGGAGGCGUUGAAAGAGGUUUGAUGAUGAAGCCCUUUACCAAAAUGGGAUGCAAGAUGUCGCCAGGGGGCCAUGUUCUUGUUGGAUUAUGGCCAAAGGAUGCGCUCCAAGGCACGCCCAGUUUGAGAAGAUGCAGCGUGACUCUAAGGAGUUUGACCAGGCUCUGGUGACCUUGGAGAAGCUGAGGGCCGAGGUGGCCGAAACAAGCUGUGCGCCUCGAGGAAGCUGAGAAGGCUAAGGCUGAAGUACAACGUGAUGGUGUCGUGACCC